AUGAGUAGGAGCCUAUCUGAUCCCUUGGAUUUAGGAGCAGCAGCGGCAAUGCAGCAACCGGAGCCUUCGAUAAGCAUGAUUUGUAACACGGCACGUCAACGCCAACAGGACAGUAUGGUGAGCGUCAGGUGCCGUCCACGGUUGGUGGAGCAGCAAGUGCUGGGGCGUGCGGCGGUUAGCAGCAACCAGUUGGCAGCAGAGCAGCACACGAGCCGACAGGUGUACGACACGCUUGAACAACACUUACAAGACAUGUAUGAACAACACACACAAGACAAUACAAACUCACUAGCUAUGAAUAGAAUAACUAAAUAUUGA